AUGCCUACAUCGAACCUCACACAAAGCAUUCGCAUCCCCAGCAAUGGCGCAAACGGCGAUCAGCAGCGCCGGGAAGUCUCGCGCAGCCUCUCCAUGUCAACCUCUCCCGACCACCAUCGCAAAGCCUCGUUCGGCGUCACGGACAGCCAGAGCUACAGCACCUCACCGAACCUGAGAAGAGUGGCAACCGGGCCCCAACCCAAACUCCUCAAACCUUUUCGAGAACAGGACGUCAAGAUCUUAUUGUUGGAAAACGUUAACCAGACCGGGAGGGAUAUACUCAAGGGCCAGGGCUAUCAAGUGGAAUUCAUGAAGAGUUCUCUACCGGAGGAUCAGCUGAUUGAGAAGAUAAAAGAUGUCCACGUCAUAGGAAUCCGAUCAAAAACAAAACUCACCUCCCGCGUCCUCAGCCACGCAAAGAACCUCAUCGUGAUCGGCUGCUUCUGCAUCGGCACCAACCAAGUGGACCUGAAAUAUGCCGCCUCGCACGGAAUCUGCGUCUUCAAUUCGCCCUUUUCAAACUCCCGUUCUGUCGCCGAAUUGGUGAUAUGCGAGGUCAUCGCCCUGGCGCGACAACUGGGGGACAGAAGUAGCGAGCUGCACGCGGGGACGUGGAACAAAGUGUCCAACAAAUGCUGGGAAGUCCGCGGCAAGACCCUCGGCAUAAUCGGCUACGGACACAUCGGAUCCCAGCUGUCCGUCCUCGCCGAAGCAAUGGGCAUGGACGUGAUCUACUACGACGUGGUCAACCUGAUGGCGAUGGGCACGGCGCGCCAAGUGCCCACGCUCGAAGCGCUCCUCAAAAAUGCCGACUUUGUGACGUGCCACGUCCCCGAACUGCCCGAGACGAUCAACAUGAUCGGCGCGCACGAGCUCGAGACGAUGAAAUCUGGCUCCUACGUGAUCAACGCGUCGCGAGGCAGCGUCGUCGACAUCCCCGCGCUCAUCGACGCCAUGCGCGCGGGCCACAUCGCCGGCGCGGCCCUGGACGUCUACCCCGCCGAACCGGCGGGCAACGGCGACUACUUCAACAACGACCUGAACCCGUGGGCCGAGGACCUGCGGUCGCUCAAGAACCUGAUCCUGACGCCCCACAUCGGCGGGUCCACCGAGGAGGCACAGUCCGCCAUCGGCGUCGAGGUUGCGGAGUCGCUCGUCCGCUACGUCAACGAGGGCGUCACCACGGGCGCGGUCAACAUGCCCGAAGUGGCCCUGAGGUCGCUGACCAUGGACGAGCCGAACCACGCGCGCGUCAUCUUCAUCCAUCAAAACGUGCCGGGUGUGUUGAAGCGCGUGAAUCAGAUCCUGGGCGACCACAAUGUCGACAAGCAGAUGACGGAUAGUAGAGGGGAGGUGGCGUAUUUGAUGGCGGAUAUCAGCAACGUCAGGGAGGAGGAGGUUGCCGAGUUGUACGGCGAGUUGGAACGGGUCAAGGAGCGGAUUUUGACGAGAAUUCUGUACUAG